AUGGCGACGCGACGGGACCAUCCUCGCUUCUCUCCGUUUGUCCGCCACGCCGGAGGAUGGGUAUCCUCACCUCCUCUGAAUGUUGCGUUACAACUCAUCUCACCCCAACGACAUCUCCUCGUUGCCGAUGCCGACGGUUGCGCCCCGAGGACUCUCUCCACUUACACUGAGCCCGACGGUCUGCUGCUGUCCGGAUCCGGCCUGCUCCUGGAUGCUCCGGAGGGCCCAUUUUCGCCGUUUGUGCCCGGUUGCUGUCCUGAACACGACCGCUUACGUCCCCCGCCAUUCUUUCAGUCCGCACACGGUUCUGUUUACUACUCCCCGAGCCGGUAUCACGAAGCCAGACGGCAACAGCAACAACAGCAACGCCCACAUUCCGACUACUUCCCGCCGCCACUGAUCGAGCCGCGCCAACGACGUCCCCAUUCCAUUCAUAUCAUCUCGUAUCCCUCUGGAUUUGUGCCACGCGAGCUUCGCCAGCCCCCUCCGGGAUCCCCAGAGAGAAGAAGGCAGUCCAACCGCGAGUGCAAGAAGCAGGCCCGGAAGAAGCAGAAGAAAGAGGAAAAGGAGCGGAGCAAGAAGCAAGAGAAGCGAAGGUCGCUGAGGUCCCUACCCCCCGGUAGUGAGAAGGUUGGACGAGUCCUCAGCAAGAUCUUGGCUGUCUUCGCCAUCACCCCGAAGCAACCGUCUCCUGUUUCCGCGGCGCCGACUCCAAGACCUCGACCUCGGAGUUGUCAGCCUCGCCCAUCCAGCUUUGCUAGCUUCGCCCGCAGGUUUUCACGCAACGAAGGCGUUGUCGCUAUUGAGUCUGUGUUAGAAGGAGACCAGGAGGUUGCUCAAACCCCUGAUAUGGCAGGGCCCUUACUACACUGGCCUUACACGCCUGCCGGUGCGUUUCCCCAGAACAACCGCAACAGCAUCAUUUCCAUGCGGUCGUUCAAAACGAUAGCCGGGUCGUCUGUACCGGAAGCCCACAAGCCCGUUGCUUCGGGCAGCGGCAUCUCAUGCUCCAUUCUGCUUGCCGAGCCUAGCGUGUAUCUGACUGGCUUCGACCAUGACCAUCGUAGCCGGCGCAACGGGACCCCGGCCAGCGCUCUCCUGCGGGGAAAGCUGCUGCUGAACGUAUCCAAGAAUGUCAAGAUCAAGUCCGUAUCGCUGAAACUGGUCGGCAAGGCGAGGACAGAAUGGCCCGAAGGCAUCCCACCGACUAAGACGGAGAUGUUCGAGGAGCAGAUUCUGCGCUCCCAGUCCUUGGUCUUCUUCCAUGCUAUGCAUGACGGCAUGUGGGAUACCGAGUACGGCUACCGUUGCACGUACACCCAUCGCGCGAGCCCGACCGGUCUGCUGCAGUCGCUUCAGGGGAACGUCUCGCAAACGUCGUUGCAUCAUCUCGGCCUCGGUCGCGUCCCUGGUACGCUGACUGCGAAGGAGCUGAAACGGUUGUCACUGCAGUCGGUCAACUCUCGCAGUUUUGGCAAAGGCGAGUCGCCCCUGACGAACCAGGUCCAGGCGAAAGGGUACAAGGUCUUCCGGCCUGGGACAUACGAGUAUGCGUUUGAACUACCCAUCGAUCACAACCAGCUGGAGACGGCCAAUUUGCAAUAUGGCUCAGUCAAGUGGGAGCUCCAGGCGAGGAUUGAGCGGGCGGGUGCCUUCAAGCCGAAUUUGCAAGGCUCUCGCGAGGUGCUGAUUGUGCGAGUCCCGGACCAGAUGUCGCUGGAGACUACGGAGCCUAUCUCGGUGAAUCGGUGCUGGGACGACCAGCUGCACUACGAUAUAACGAUAUCAGGCAAGAGUUUCCCGAUCGGCAGUAGGAUACCCAUCUCGUUCAAGCUCACGCCGCUUGCGAAAGUGCAGAUUCACAAGAUUAAGAUCUUCGUGACGGAAAACAUCGAGUACUGGACGAAUGACCGUCAUGUUACGCGCAAGGAUCCAUCCAGGAAGAUCCUCCUCUUCGAGAAGACAGCUGGGCAUCCGAUUGCUGAUCAGUACUCGAAUUGUGAAUUCCGCUUCAUUUCGGGCGGCGAGCCGGACCCGAAAAAACGUGAGGAGGCCCGGCGCAGGGCGGCUGCGAGAAGGAACAAGGAUAGGGAACGAGCUAGGAGCAGCAAUGGUAAGCCAGAGUCGCUACCCGAAGUAGCUGAGAAUCUACUCGGGCCGCUGGAUCUCGGGCUGGAGGACUUUUGGGGGCCGACCGAGAUGGAGGUGGUUGUGCCGCUACCGACGUGCGAGAUGAUGGAGCGCAGGAAAGAGCUGAAGCUGCAUCCGGAUUGCAGCUGGAAAAAUGUGAAUGUGUUCCACUGGCUCAAGAUCGUCCUUCGUGUCUCCCUCCCUGACGAGAGCGACAGCAACGGCAGACGUCGUAAGCAUUUCGAAAUCAGCAUAGACAGCCCAUUUACAGUGCUCAACUGCCGCGCUACCCAAGCAAAUCUUGCCCUACCGCGCUAUAGCGGGCCCGAUGGGAUACCAAUUCCCGAGCAACGCCCGCAGAAGUCGUGCGGCUGUCCCGAUGCGAAACUCCUUGAUCCAUCUGCCUCUGGCGCCGUCGGCGCCCUAGCCCUAAUCGAAGAGGAUAUCCUCCCUCGGAGAAGACUCCGUCUAGAUACGAGAAAUAUCCAGACUAGAAACUCUGUGGCUCAGAAUGGGAACCGUGCUGAAACCAUCACGACACCCCCCCCUCCCCCUCACUCGGCGGAAGACGAUCCCGCUCCCCCGCCGUUGGUUCAGGUUCCUUCAUACGACCCCCCUGCGUUUGAUGCAGACGAUCCUCCGCCCCCGUUGCCGAAUGAUCUAUUGAGUCCCCCGCCGAGGUAUGAUGUCAUUGUGGGCACGCCGAGCGUGGAUGGGCUAGCGGAUUAUUUUGUGCGGCUGGCGGCGUAUGAACGGUCUAGACAGGCAAAUGGGGAGCAGGGCGAUGUGAGUAGUCCGAAAGAUACAGCUACGGAUGUGUUGGAGAGCCCCGCUGCUGCUAUUCUUACGUCCGCUCCGCUUGCGGAGUUGGAAAGAGGGCCUGAGGGGGAGGAUGGGGUAGAAGAGAGGGGGCUGAGUAUGCCGAUGAGCGCACCUGGUGGUGGUAGGCUUGCACCUAUUUUAGAGACUACGACGCAGGGUCAGGGCGAGGAGACUGGGGUGCGCGUGAGAGAGAGCGAGGCUGAUGCCGUUGUUCCAGCAACGGCUCCAAGUUCUUCCAGAAAGGAUAGCACAACUCUGAGCGAGACUGUCACGACUCAAGCAUCGGCCUCUGAAUCAUCGACAACCCAAACCCCCACUGCCAGAGCACGAAGUCUCCCUGCCGCCGUCGAAGAAGAUACGCUAUCCUCGUCGGAUAGCAGCGCAGAGGAUGACUCGCUCGACCCGGCGAGGCCGCACCGAAUGGGACGAGUGAAUGUCGCGAAUCCGAGAACUCCAGGAGGAAGGUCGGUACCUAGUCGGAGUCUGGAUAUUGAGCGCCCAGUGAUUAGGCUCGAUUUGAGCUUGAGUUCUGUGUUGAGGAGGAGGGCUCGGAAUAACUGA